AUAUUAAAAACUCUGUCUGGAUAUUCACACAAAGCAGGUGUUACCCAGAUGUGGCCGUAACCAAUCCCAUGAAUGAAGGUACAUUGGAGGGUGAGGGUCUCUUGCUUUUGGAUGUGACUAAGCUGCUUCUCCUCCCUUUUUCUCCACCAAUCUACUCCCUAGUUUAAUACUUCCAAACUCUACUUUUUUUUCUAAACGUUCAUUUUGCAGAUUAUUUCAUCACCCAGGUAUUGAGCCCAGUACCCAUUAGUUAUUUUUCUGAUCCUCUCCCUCUUCCUACCCUCCAAAAGGCCCCAGUGUGCAUUGUUCCCCUCUGUGUGUCCAUGUGUUCUCAUCAUGUAGCUCCCACUUAGAUGUGAGAACAUGUGGUAUUUGGUUUUCUGUUCCCUUGUUAUCUCCUCCCUUUCUAGGGAAGCUGUGACAUCCCUGGCCUUUAUGUUACUGGUCUUGCUUCAUCAUGGACCCAGAGAGUAACUUCUCUGCCUUCACAGAGUGCACACAGAUCCCCACGUGCACCAGAAGGGUCAUCUGAUGUGGGGAGGUGUCUGGAGACAGAUGGGUCAGCUUGAGACUACCUGGCAUCUGGUGACACUUCUAGCUUGGGCUGGGUCUUACCAUUGCCUCAGGAACUCACAUUCAUUUCCACACCCACAUACUCCAGCCCCCUUGUGUGCUGUGCGCUCAUCGAUACAGUCCAUGUUUCACAAUGCUUUGGGCUGCUUCUGAGCCAGUUCUAAACAGACUAAGUGAAUUGUGUGUAGGGAGGGAUGCUAAUGGGAGAAAUGGGGUGGGAGUGGGGGGGUCUUGUCUAUGGUCCUGGAGCAGGGUAGGUAGCCAGGAUGGCCAGGAAGUGUUUGCAUUUGGAAUGUGCUUUUCCCAUUUCAAGUCACCCUUGGCCACGUGUUGUUUCCUGAUAAGUUUUGUGAUGUUCUACUCGAUCUCUGGGGCAUCAGAGUUGGAGCAUUCAGGAGGGGUGUUUAUAGUUGGAGAAGGCCUAUUUGUAGCAAGUUCUCGAUAGUAUGUGAUCCCCACUUGGCAUGGUGCAGUUCGGGGACUCUUCCUGUUUUCCUCCCAGCAAGCCGUCAGCUAAUCUAAUCCCUUCUGAGGGGUUGACUGGUACAGGUAUUGGCUGGUAGUGACUUUAUUUUUUAAAAGAAGACUCAAGGCUUGCUAUGGAAUUUUUUGGUAGACCUGGCAGGAGGGUCUUCCUUCCCUAUCUGCUUUUCCAGUCUGUGCUUUUCUGCAGCUGGACUCUGCUCCACAACUCCUCCACUGGCUUGGCCACGAGACGCCUAGUUGGCAGUGGGCUGCCCAGUGCACAGCACAGCAACAUUUCCAUCCCUUCUGGCAUUGUGAUUUCCCUGAAGUGAGGGACUGAUUUGUCCAGGGUCAGGACUGGAGUUCUGGUGGCUCAAAUCUGUGCUCUCCUGUUGGUCUGUAAAUGUGGCUCUCCUUGGCCUGUGGGGCCUGAGAAAAUGUGUGGGGUGGACCUUGAAAUCCCCAUGCUCUGCUCUGCUCUGCCUGAAUGUCUCCCUGCUGUGGAGUCUGCAGGAGGCACUGUCUUGCUUGUCCAGCCCCAGGAAGCUUCCAGAAGGGAUGACAGACAAGGAAGGGUGGGAGUCACUUAUCCUCAGGGCUGCCUGUGUGCCUCCUGGCUCAGCAGUCACCUGGGCCACCUGGCAGCAUAGAACUUUGGUAUAGGGACAAAAAGCCCAAGAAAGGGGACAGUCGCUUUUGUCUCCUUUGUCUUGUGUCCUGCUUAGAGGGGCAGCACCCCAGCCUGCACGUGGGAAUGGGGUCUGAAGAUCUGCUCAGGGCUCUGCCCAGGUGGACCUCUUGGCCCUCUUUGCGAAGGGGAGGGACUCUUGGGGACAGGGUUCCUGGUUUUGGCUGGCUAGACUCGCACGGGGGUGCCUAUGGGCCAAGGGGAUGAGAAGAAAUAAGGCGGCCCCGCCCCAGAGUCCCGGCCUGUGGGCCAGUAGCCCACAGCGGCUGGAGCUCUGUCUAGGAAGGGCACAAGCACUCUGCGCAGCGGGUGGGGGCGUAGGGCGCCUGGGGUCCGCCCCUUAGUUCCCUCCCUGACGCAGCCGUUUGCCCGCCCGCCAGCCUGGCCUCCCGCACAUCUGGCGAUCCCACCACAUCUGGGCAGCAGGCGCUGGAGCAUGAACGGCUCUCAGGCGGGCCCUGCGGCUGGAGCCGCCUGGCUGAGCUCCUGCUGCAACCAGUCGGGGUCGCCGCCGGAGCCCCCCGAGGGGCCGCGCGCGGUGCAGGCGGUGGUGCUGGGCGUGCUGUCCCUGCUGGUGCUCUGUGGGGUCCUGUUCCUGGGCGGCGGCCUCCUCCUCCGCGCCCAGGGCCUGACAGCGCUGCUGGCCCGCGAGCAGCGUACGUCCCGCGAGCCCGAGCCCGGCAAUGCCCGCGGAGAGGACAGCGAUGACGACGACCACUCCUAGGCGCCCAGUUGCGCUCGGAGGUCUUCCGUCCCCGUGCCGCCCCGGACUCCGCGCGGACGGCUGCUGCGGUUCCUACCCCUUUUCCGAAGCGGCGUGCCCCACACAGCAAGGCACCUGUUUGUCAGCGACUCCGGUUCCCAGCUCCGUAAGUCCACGGUGGGUGGGGCUGCAGCCACCCAGGUGUGCGGGAUCACACACCCUGCCCCGGAUGGUGUCUCCCGCAGCUCUGGCCCCCUCUUCCCGUCUUAAGUUUUCCCACCUUAUGCCCUUUUUCUAGGAGCAGAAGCUGCUGUGCAACUGUAGGGUGGUUGUGGAGGCAGGAGGAUGACAGAGGAGGGAGUCCAGAGGCCGCAGCGUGCUUUGGGGGCUUCUUCCCUGGACCCUGCCCUCACCUCCACGGUCUGCAUCUGCUCCAGCCCCUAUAGGUCCUAGGCCCAAUUCUGCACUCCAUGGGGCUGAGGAGACAGGCAGACAGCUUCAGCCUUUGGUCUCAGCUUCCUGAAGUCUUUUCCCUGGAAGGGGGCUUGAGGGAGAUUCUUUGCCUGGACUUCCUUCCUCUUGAGACAGGGAGGAGAGUGUGGUCAUGUUGAAGGCAGAGCCAGGGGCCUGGGUGGCCCUGGGCAUGGGGAGGUGUGUGGAAGGCUCUUCCCUGGCCGCUGCUUAUGUCGUGGAGCAGUGGGGUGGGGGAGCAGAUGUAACCCAGAGCAAGGAGCUUUGUGUGGUGUGUGUUGUGGGGCGUGGAUGGCAGGGUUCCCAGCAGCUGGGGGGCCUCAGAAGCACUGCUCCAGGAAGUGGGGCUGAGGACUCCCAGCUAUGGGGGCUCUCUCUGGGUGUCUCGCUCUGUCUCUCCAAGGACAGGAGCCAUCUGGAGGGAAGGGCCUGGAUGACCCGAGGACAAGGUAACUACAGACCAAGGCCACCUGGGAAGAGCCACAGAGGCUGGAGAGGCCUUCACUGUUCCUUCCCUCUGUUCAGCUUUGCACCUAGGAGCCCCUGGAGGUUUCUGUGGGUGGAAAUGUUUGUUUUUUGAGGGUGACUUUGGCCUCUCUUACCCCCUGAUUCUGGAGCCCCCCCCAACUUGUCUGGGGUAGGGCAGGGUCCCGGUUUCCCUCCAAGAAAGGAGUCAGGUUGGGUGCCUGUGAGGGGCAGGGGGAGGAUGCGGGCAGGUGCAGCUAAGUAGCUGCGAAGCUGAUGACGACGUGUGAUCUCUGCCCAGCAGCCCAGGAUUUGGCGUUAAUCCCACACUGGGCUUGCUGAGCCAGGGACUUCUCACCUCAGGGCCGCUGCCCCUGCCCCCUAAGUAGGAGGGCUGUCCAGGGCCCUGAGGGGUGUGUGCCACGUGUGUGUUACUGUACCUGGCACAGGCAGGGGGCUGGGUCCAGGGGACAUUCCUGCCUCCCUUUUCUGGAGGAGAGGAUGGGAACUUCCUCUCUUGAUUGUACCCAGUUUCUUCCAGACGCCUUGCCUGUCACCCUCUGGCCCCAUGCUCUCCUCUCCUUUCCCCGCUGGGAGAGAGGGUCCCCAGAUCACGGGGAACCCCUUCCUUAUACAUACAGGGAAGCUCAGAGAACAGUAAGUGACAUGCUCAUGUGAAUGACAGAGCCGGAAGCAGACUCUGGGCCCUGAUUCCAAGUUCAUGGCCCAUUCUGGCACUUGGGGGCCCCUCUUGUUCUGUCCUCCCCUGCUUUCUUUUCACUCUUUGAGAUGCUGGUGCAAAAUAUGGCCUCUCUUCAUACAUUUGUGAAUCAGGUGUGGACCCCCAAACCUCUGUGUCACUGCCCCCUUCCUGUCCUUGCUUCCCCAGGGCCCUCCCUGCCCUCUGUCUACAGGGAGCAGUCUUCCAGAUGCCAGCAACAGCUUCCUAGCCAGCUGGGCUCAGCUUUUCUGGCCUGAACCUGAGUGGGGGAUGGGCUCAGAGGGUCAGCUGGAAUAAACAUCCAUGGAAAAAAAUCCAAGCCGUCAGAGCCAGGGAUCAGGGCUGAAGGCUGAUGACCUUUGGUUUGGUCUUUGGGCUCAAGUUGCUGUGGUGUGAGGGUAUAGAGCAAUUUGGUGCUGGGAAGGGCUUUGCCCCCAGCAUCUUCAUGUCUGCUCACACCCAGGACAGGGCCGGGGCUGGGGAUAGAGGCAGGGGCAAAGGCUUUCUUCCUCCAACUUCCUCCUGUUACUGUUCCUGGGCCCAGUGCUUGGAAAGGAGGCCGUGGGGUGUGCCAGAGACCUCAGUGUUCCUUCGGGAAGAGACUGAGAUGUUUGUCAUGGAACUCUGACCCCGGUCAAGGCUGUUAGGCUGAGUGGGCAGGAAAGAAUGUGGAAAAUUGGGAAGUGGGUGCUGCUGUCACCCCAUCUCUCAGGCUCCAGCUGGUAGUGAGAGGUGGGGGGAUGGGUGCAGGCCUGAGUGCCAGGGAGAGAAGCCAGGUACUUGGAAACCCAGCCAGCUCCCUUAGCCUGCACUGUCCAUGGGGGAAGGGCUGGGGCAGCUGAUGGGUUCAGACCUUGCCCUCACCUUCCUCCAGCCCCUGAGAUUUUCCCUAAGCUGGGAAAGGCUGUGAGGGGUUUAUGCAGUCCCUUCCUCACCAUCCACAUCGUGCGGCUCCCUCUCCAGAAAAGAUGGGGGUGGUUCUCUCUACAGAUUCCUGAGCCCUGCAUCAUCUGCUGACCAGAGAGCCCACUCUCCUGCUGCCCCUCUGGGGAACUCAUGCCACCCUCAGCUCAUUCUUGAUGCAGAUGACAGACUGGGAGAUACCUGGCUCGUGGUGAGACCUCAACCUGGGAUCCUUGCACCCAGCCGCUGCCUCUGAACUGCUCUGCUGGACUGCAGGAAGUCCUCGGUGUGGGCCUGCACACUCCCAGCCCGCUUGGGGCCUGCUGCAUGUCCUGGGCACUGAAGUGGCCACACGUCCUGGAUGCUUGGCGCAGCAGGUGCUGGCUGUGCCCUCUGCCUUCUGGCCUCUGAGGACAUGAGUGCACACCUGUCCUGUCUGGUGUGAGGCAGCAGUGGUCUGACAGUGACCCGCCCCUGCUCCGAGUCAGUGCCUCCCAUUUGCAGACCUGUGGCGCCCCUGCCAUCCAGAAAUGCUGCAUCACUUUCGGUGGCCUCUCAUUAAAUAUGCUGGUGAUGCAAA